AUGCCUGCACAGGCUUUGCCCUCUAGAUCCGCACCUCCGAGGCAUGAUAUGUCUGUGAUCUUGGUCACUGGAUCGUACGAUCAUGAUAUUCGAUUCUGGGAGGCCUGGAGUGGCAUCUGUUCCAGGACAAUUACCCGGACGAACGAACAAGGACAAGUCAACCGUCUAGCAAUAUCACCAGACAAACGAUUACUGGCUGCUGCAAUUCACAAGAAAGUGAACGUUUACGAGAUUGCCAGCUCGUCCUCCACACCACUGAUCGUCUUCGACGGACAUAACUCGAACAUCACCUCGGUCUCUUUCCACAGCGAGGGCAAAUGGCUUGUCACAGGAAGCGAAGACGGAACCAUCAAGAUCUGGGAUCUGCGAAGCACUCAUCUUCAUAGGAAUUAUGAUAACGAGGCUCCUGUCAAUGAUGUGGUCGUUCACCCGAACCAAGGAGAACUCAUCUCGUGCGACCAGGCCGGAAGAAUCAAGCAGUGGGACCUAUCUGAAAAUCUUUGCACACAUGAACUGACUCCUGCAGGAGAUACCCCGAUGCGUUCGAUCAGUCUGGCUUCUGAUGGGUCGUACCUAGUUGCCGGAAACAUUAAGGGCAAAUGUUACGUAUGGAAGAUCAACGAAGAUCUGCCUAGAUUUCAAGCCGUUACCAAGUUUCAGGCGCACAAUAAAUACCUCACAAGAUGUCUUCUCAGUCCCGAUGUCAAGUAUUUGGCAACAUGUUCUGCAGAUACUACGGUGAAAAUUUGGUCGCUAUGUUCAAAUCACGAAUUCAAGCUGGAGAAGACAUUGCAAGGCCACCAACGCUGGGUUUGGGACUGUGCUUUCAGUGCCGACUCGGCGUAUCUUGUAACAGCGUCUUCCGACCACACCGCCCGACUGUGGGAGAUGGCUUCGGGAGAGACUGUCCGACAGUACAAUGGACACCACAAAGCGGCCGUAUGUUGUGCGUUGCACGAUGGAGCCGGGUAG